UUCCUCCCGGCAGCCCGCGGACUACGCGCAUGUCCCGCCCCGCCCCAGCGACAGCUGCCAUAACUUGGUGACCCAGGCUCAGUCGGCUUCUGACUUGCCGGCCGCGGUUAUGGGCUCCCCGCUGCGGUUCCACGGUCGCGUCGUGGUGGUCACCGGUGCUGGGGGAGGAUUAGGCCGAGCCUAUGCCCUGGCUUUUGCAGAAAGAGGAGCAUCAGUUAUUGUGAAUGAUUUAGGAGGGGACUUCAGGGGUGUUGGUAAAGGCUCCUUAGCAGCUGAUAAAGUUGUUGAAGAAAUAAGAAGGAAAGGUGGAAAAGCAGUGGCCAGCUAUGAUUCAGUGGAAGCAGGAGAGAAGAUAGUGAAGACAGCAUUGGAUGCUUUUGGAAGAAUAGAUGUUGUGGUCAACAAUGCUGGAAUUCUGAGGGACCGUUCCUUCAGUAGGACGAGUGAUGAAGACUGGGAUUUGGUCCACAGGGUUCAUUUACGGGGCUCGUUUCAAGUUACCCGGGCAGCGUGGGAUCAUAUGAAGAGACAGAACUAUGGAAGGAUCAUUAUGACUUCAUCAUCUGCAGGAAUAUAUGGCAACUUUGGCCAGGCAAAUUAUAGUGCUGCAAAGCUGGGUCUUCUGGGACUCGCAAAUACUCUUGCGAUCGAAGGCAGGAAGAACAACAUUCACUGUAACACUAUUGCCCCCAAUGCUGGGUCACGGAUGACUGAGACCAUUCUGCCAGAAGAUAUUAUUCAAGCCCUAAAGCCAGAGUAUGUGGCACCCCUGGUCCUUUGGCUUUGUCAUGAGAGUUGUGAGGAAAAUGGUGGCUUGUUUGAGGUUGGAGCAGGCUGGAUUGGAAAAUUACGCUGGGAGCGCACUCUGGGAGCUAUUGUCAGACGAAAGAACCAGUCAGUAACUCCUGAAGCAGUGAAGGCUAACUGGAAGAAGAUUUGUGACUUCAGUAAUGCCAGCAAGCCUCAGAGUAUCCAAGAAUCAACUGGCAGUAUAAUUGAAAUUUUACAUAAAUUGGAUUCAGAAGAGGAAAUUUUGCCAAAUCCUACCAGUCAUGUAGCUUCUACAGCCUCACCAGGAUUUGCUAGCGCUAUUGGCUAUAAACUUCCUUCAUAUUUUUCUGCUUAUACGGAACUGGACACUAUUAUGUAUGCCCUUGGAGUGGGAGCAUCAAUGAAAGAUCCAAAAGAUUUGAAAUUUCUCUAUGAAGGAAGUUCUGAUUUCUCCUGUUUGCCUACCUUUGGAGUUAUCAUAGCUCAGAAAUCUAUGACCAGUGGAGGGUUAGCAGAAAUUCCUGGACUUCCGAUCAACUUCGCAAAGGUUCUUCAUGGAGAACAAUACUUGCAGAUAUAUAAACCAUUUCCUAGAGCAGGAGAAUUAAAAUCUGAAGCAGUUAUUGCUGAUAUCCUAGAUAAAGGAUCUGGCUUAGUAAUUAUUUUGGAUGUCUAUUCUUAUUCCGGGAAGGAACUUAUAUGCUAUAGUCAGUAUUCUCUGUUUGUUGUUGGCUCUGGAGGCUUUGGUGGAAAACGGACAUCUGAAAAAAUCAAGGUGGCUAUAGCCACACCUAGUAGACCUCCUGAUGCUGUGAUUACAGAUUACACCUCACUCAAUCAGGCUGCUUUGUACCGCCUCAGUGGAGACUGGAAUCCUUUACAUAUUGACCCUAACUUUGCAAACCUUGCAGGAUUUGAGAAACCCAUAUUACAUGGAUUAUGUACCUUUGGAUUUUCUGCCAGGCAUGUUUUACAGAAGUUUGCAGAUAAUGAUGUAUCAAGGUUCAAGUCAAUUAAGGCUCGUUUUGCAAAACCAGUAUAUCCAGGACAAACUCUACAAACUGAGAUGUGGAAGGAAGAUAACAGAAUUCAUUUUCAAACCAAGAUUCAAGAAACUGGAGAUAUUGUCAUUUCAAAUGCAUAUGUAGAUCUUCUACCACCAUCUGGGAUUCCAGCUAAGAAACACCCUGAGGGUGGGGAGCUGCAGAGUACUCUUGUAUUUGAGGAAAUAAAUCGUCGGCUUAAGGAUGUCGGAAAGGAGGUGGUAAAGAAAGUAAAUGCUGUAUUUGAAUGGCAUAUUACUAAAGGUGGAAAUACUGCAGCUAAGUGGACUAUUGAUCUGAAAAAUGGUUCUGGAAAAGUGUACCAAGGUCCUGCAGAAGGCUCUACUGAUACAACCAUCAUAAUUUCAGAUGAAGAUUUCAUGGAGGUAGUCCUGGGCAAGCUUGAUCCUCAGAAGGCAUUCUUCAGUGGCAGACUGAAGGCCAGAGGGAACAUAAUGCUGAGUCAGAAACUUCAGAUGAUUCUUAAAGACUAUUCCAAGCUCUGAAGGACACACUACACUGCUAAGUGAAAAUAGAAUACUGUACCCAAAUAUGCUUGAUGAUUCUGCAAAAGUGAUCAAGACUAAGAUAUAGGAGAAAUUGCCUACAUUUUCAGAUUUCAGAUAAUUUUAGAUUUUCAUUUUCUACUGUUUUUCAUAAUUAUUUUUGCAAGGAACUAUGAGCUAGCUCCUAAUUAUCCUCCUGUUCUUAGAUCUGUAGCUUCAUAAUAAAACAUUUUCAUCCAAAUCCAAUUUCUAUAGAAUUAUUGAUAACACUGAUAAGUUAACAGGAAAAUUAAAUGAAUAAAAGCCACCUUGGUACAUUUUACACUUUUUUGUUAUCUAAUUUAUUGAUAUGUCUGUUUUAAGAUGAAUUUCCCUACGUGUACUCUUUUUUCACUCUUUGGUAUAAUAGGGUUCUGCUUUAAGUAAUAGAGAAUUCCCAUAUGCUUUUCUCUCUUUCCCCUUCUGUUUUGUUGGAAAUUCUGUAUUUUCACAUAGUGUUUGUAAAUGUACAAGAGAUAGUAAUAUCUUAGUAGAAGAGAUAUUACUAUCUUAAUCAGUAACCAUAAGGAUAACCAUUAGCAAAUACUGUCAUGGAAUAAUUUUUCCUCAGAUUUACCUCAGAUGAAUGUGCCCAGAUUUUAUUGUGAUAGGUUGUCUGGAGAAGUGAGUAGCAUGGAGAAAUGAGCAGCAAUCAAUGGGAGGCUAGGUUCAGGCAUGGGGUAUGUUUCAGAUUUUUAGCUCUGGGAAAAGUAUAUGUGGGCUGCUGUUACAGGCUGGGUUUUCUGGGAAGCAGAUUUUGAGAUGAAGAUUCAUGGG